AUGGUCACUGCAUGGAGGGCCGCAUCUGGUUUACUUCUACCUCUGGUUCCUGCACUUGCUGUAUUCGGAAAUGCUCUGGUGAUAAUCGCUGUCUACAGGGAAAAAUGUCUUCAAACUGUUACAAAUUUGCUAAUUGUUAGUCUAGCCAUUUCGGAUUUUAUGGUCGCCAUCUGCGUUAUGUCAUUUGGAGUAUAUUAUGAGAGAAAUGACUUCAAAUGGAAUAUGGGACAUUUUUUCUGCAAUGUUUAUCUAGCCUGCGAUGUGACUUGCUCAACUGCUUCGAUACUCAAUCUUCUUGCAAUUUCCUUAGACAGGUAUAUAGCCAUUAGCCAUCCGAUUUCCUAUGCGCAAUAUGGCGCACGCGGUGGUAGGGCAAUGACUUCAAUCUCAAUUGUUUGGGCUGUCAGUGCCGCUGUUGGUUUACCAAUACUUUUGGGAGUAAAUCCCAUGGAGGAGGAGCUUUGCGAAUUCGGCAAUGCAUACUUCAACAUACUUUCCUCCUUAUUGUCAUUUUUCCUACCUUGUACUGCUAUGAUUGCUCUAUACUCGGUCAUAUUCCGACGACUGCGACAGAGGGAAAGGGCGAGAACUUUACGACGUACAGCCAGGAAUGAAAAUUGCAAGCAGAGGGUCAAUGAGGAGGAUGUGACAAAGAAGAAGUUGGCUGAUUGUCACGGAAAGAUGAGUGCAGCACUGUUGGGAGGUGCAAGAAUGGCACGACAGAUGGGCAGACAUUUCAAAAACAAGACCGAUCAAAUUUUGCUAGAAAUCAGUUUUCAGACCUCAUCAUAUCCCUCGAUGUCGGGUUCAUCGGAUGAUAUUUCCACUACUCCUCUUGCAAACGAUUUAACUUUUGCGCCACCAACACUUACAUCCUAUUUGAAUCCUUCUAAUACCCAUCCUUUCGUCAAUAAUAGGAAAGCACUCGUGCGAUCUUCAACCACUAAUGGAGAUCUGCACAAGAAAGAAUUCUGGAACUCUAACAAUGUCAAAAAUGAUGGCGAAUUUGCAACGAAAACAAGGGAAAACUCGUCUAGUGAAAUGCUGAGAUCAUUUGGCGACGACCUUAUGGAUUUGAUUCCAUUUAUCGAUUCCGAGAACACUUCAACAACAGCCGAGAGCCCUCGUCAAGAGCAAAAUGACGUGAAAUGCUUGGAACGAAGAACAAUUGCUCGAAAUGUUGCUGUAUGUGAGCAGAAACGAAACUGCUAUACACAACCAUUGGUGGAAACUCGUAGCAAUGCCUUUAAAAGUGCCUCGUCUUUUACGUUGUUGCUGGAUAUCUCUCCAAUACCUCUGAAAAAUACGUCGAGUCCAAAGACCGAAGAGAUUCCUCAGUACAAGCAGAUGCAAAAGAAGCCUUGUGUGAUGAAUCACUACAGCGUUCAUCAAGCCGGACAAAAUCCAACGCCAUUAUCUGUUAGCGAAUCUGUACGCGGGUAUAAGAACGAUUUAUGGAAAAGGGUGACGAACGGAUGGAAGACAAGACCGUCACGGCAGCUUGUGAAACGAGCAACGAAACAAAUGCAUCGUGAGCACAAAGCAACCGUUACGCUAGCUGUAGUACUGGCUGUGUUUCUCUUCUGUUGGUUGCCUUUCUUUACACUUCACCUCGCCAAUUCUAUUUGCCUUAUCAACUCACCAGAAGGAGGAUGUAUGGGAGUUUUUCCUCUUUUUCUGGCAACAUGGCUGGGAUAUAUCAACUCUUCACUGAACCCACUGAUUUAUACGGUGUUCGACCAACGUUUCCGUACUGCCUUUCGUUCCAUACUUUGCUUUUCGUCCUCACGAAGAUGAGAAAUUCUACGACUUCGAUUUGUUUAUAAUAAACAUAUCCUUGAUUUUCAAGUGUUG